UACGCCCCGUCGCCCAAAAGUUGUGUGGCGCGUGUGUGGCCUAUGAAAUAUUAUUUAUAAAUUCAAUCUAUUAUUAGAUUUAUUCCAUUUAUCUCAUUACGAAGUUAGUUGGAAAGGUAUGCGCGUGACCGGCGACGCUUCAGCAGCGCGCAGAAAAUACGGAAACAUGUGUUUUGAUGUCAAUAUAACUUGGUGAUCUGAUGACACUACUAGAAGAUGGAUGUCAACAAAUUGUGAUUUCCUCUGAAUGUAGUGAUAUAAGUGUUGUUUUCUUGGUGUUAAUAUAACGGGAACGUUGCUGGUUGGGUCUGGGGGAAGUGCAUGUGUCGGCGGAGAUUGAUAAGUGUGCUGUAAUCAGCGGCUGACUUCCGGCAGCGAUGAGAUUCCGAUGAAUGCUAAUUGGUGCCUGUGACUUAUCAGACUCUAGGAUGGCGAACCCUACAAUCGGGGUCUCGUUCGAUCAAAAUGACAUGUCCAGCUGGUAUUUCGGCGGACUGUCGAGAGCUGAAGCAACAAAGCUGUUGCUCAAUGAGACUGAGAGCGGAGUGUUUCUCGUUAGAGACUCGAAGACUAUACACGGAGACUAUGUAUUAUGUGUUAGGGAAGAUGACCGUGUGUCCCACUACAUAAUAAACCGUGUAGUAUCAGCGGACGGAGCCACGCGGUUCCGCAUUGGCAACCAGCUGUUCGCAGACAUGCCAGCGCUGUUAGCGUUCUAUAGAUUGCACUACUUGGACACUACGCCCCUGGUCAGGCCUUUGCCCCAGGCGAACGCGCAAGCGGCUGCUCCGCCGCCGGCACAGCCCCAUCAUGUGCUGGAGGUCGUGCUUGCGAAGUUUGAUUUUGAUGGCAGUGAUGCAGACGACCUGCCGUUCCGCCGCGGUGAACGUCUGAUGGUGAUCAACCGUGAUGAGGAGCAGUGGUGGACGGCGAGGAACGCGCACGGACGCACCGGUUCGAUUCCCGUGCCGUAUGUUCAGAGGCUCCUGGACCCAUCGGGUGUGCCGUACCCGGCGAACGAGGCGCUCAGCCAGCUGGGCGACCCGCCCAGUCCGCCGAAUAACAAGAACCAACAGAAGGGCACUAAUAUGCAGCGUAGUCUGCCAGCGCUGGCGCGGGUGCGUCAGUCCCGCGUGCCGAACGCAUACGACAAAACCGCUCUCAAGCUGCAGGAGGGGGAUAUACUUAAGGUAACGAAAAUGAACAUCAAUGGCCAAUGGGAGGGCGAGCUGAACGGCAAAGUGGGCCACUUUCCGUUCACCUAUGUGGAGUUCCUCGACGACAUCGCCAGCUAAACGUAAACGUGACCAAAGUGUAGUGUGGUGAUAGUGUUAGUGUCAAAGUGAACUGUUUAGUGCAAAAGUGUGAAUGAAGUUACAUCUCAAGCUGGGAAAGUAGAUGAUUUGUGAAGUUACAAGUCUUGAAGCAUAAGGAAUUACUGGGAAUGGUGUAUUUUAUAAUAGUGCAAGUUAUUCAAUUCAUUUCUUUGCCAGUAAACAUGGUAAAGAUGUUAAAAGUGGUUAUUGUGAAGUUACAUCUCAAGCUUGGAAGAAUUACUGGGAAAGGUAUUUAUAUUCUAUAUGGUUUAUACAGACUAAAUUGGACUUUAUGGAGCUGAAAUAGAGGCGAUUACAACUAAACUUAUGGGCAUUUUUAUGUGUCAAACAGUUUAUAAAGUGGUUUUACAAAUGCCGUUAAAUUUUGAAUUUGUUAUAGCAUAAAUUCGCAAAACUGUAAUGAAAAAUAUAUUAUGCUCUUAUGGUCAGAAAUGCUUGGUUUAAUAAAAAAUUGGGUGUUUCCCAAUAUAAAAUGUGAUCUUUAGAAUGUGUCUAGCAUAUAUUGAAUGAAUUGUCAUUAUCAAAGCGUGUUCACAUGGUGAAGUUAGCUAGUACACAAUUUACCUGAUAUGACAAGUGUUUAGAUCAAUUUAUUGUAUUUUAUAUCAAUAUUUAACAAUAUUGACCUUUAGUUUUGUUGCAAUAUUAAUUAA